CAAGCUAUUAUCUUGAUUAUCUGGGGCAGUUUCAUCGACCGUCAAGGCGCUGAAAUUAUUGACUGCCUUAUGAAAAAACCAGUGGUUGUUGGGAAUCAUUUAAAAGUCACAUCUUUUAGAGCGAAAGCCAUUAUGGAUAAAAGGAAAGAUAGAAUUGAAGACAGUGACUCAAUCACUUUGGUAUAUGGCUUGUGAUACCUAUGGUUGGAUAUCUUUCGCUCAACUCAAUGAAAUGUAUUUUUGCAACUAUUGCAAACACAUGCAUGCAAGAACAAUUUCAAGAGCAAGAUGCAAUGUUCAGCUUUCAGAUAACACCGGCACUAUUACUGCAUCUUUAUUUGGUGAUGUGGCUGAAAAUUUCUUGAAACUUCCAGCUGAGAAACUAAUGAAAGAUAGUAUAACGUUAGAACACUUUAUCAAUGCUCAAGACUCCAGCUAUGCAAUUGAAGACCAUUUUAUUUACAUGAAAUUUGGAAACCCAAAUUCAAAAACCAAUCAACCAAGGUUUGAUGUAAUCUACGUUCUUAAUAACAGCUCUGCACAUGCACAAAGAUCUGCAUCAUUGUUUCCAUAUCAGGCUAAGGAAAAAAAUGUCUCAUAUUGCACCAAUGUGCCUAAUGCACGAAGGAGCUUAGUGUUCGAGAAGGAAAACAUCGAACAACUGAAAAAGUAAAGAAUGGCAACAUCCAGCGAUCCUAAUGUUCAAAACAAGGAUGCAAACCCUCUUGGCAAUAAUGCUGAUCCAAAGAAAAAUGGACUUUACCAUACCUUUACCAGUUCAAGUGCAACUAAAGUUAGUUCUAUUUUGUUAUUUUGAAGUCCUUUUGCUUUUUGCUAGAAGAUUUUUGUAUAUGAUAUCAUAUUACACUGCUGGAAUAUGUCAUAAAGUUCAGCUUAGUUUUUGGAAACUUCAUUCUUAUUAAUGAAUUGGGAUAGGUAUGCAAAAUGUUAUAUAAAUAA